ACCCUAGGACUGAAGACGUGAUCAGAAGAAUUAAUGAAUUGCAGCAAGCUAAGAAAAUUGCAAAUAAGGAACUCUGUGAAACCCAGGCCCACAGGCAAUCCCUGCAGAAAGAACUAGAUGAAAUGAGCUUGGAGGAGACACAACUGAAGGAAAUCUUGAGCAAGAAGCAAGAAACUCUGAGGAUCCUUCGCCUGCAUUGCCAGGAGAAAGAAACUGAGGUGGUAAGACAGCAGGCAGUGUUUGAGGGAUACCAAAAGAGAAUAACAGAGUUGAACUCCAAAAUCCAGGAAGGAAAACUGAAGAAAAGGAAUCAGAGAAUGGAGUUUGGCCAGCAACUAGAGGAAAUGAUGGAGAAGAAUAAGACUGUCUGGGAAUUCCAUAAGACAGCCAAACUAUCCCAGGAAAUCAGCAAGGUCAACAACAACAACAAGGAACAGCUUCUCAUAGAGGAGAGGCUAACUCAGGAGAAGCUUGACAGUAUCCAGAAGCAGCUGGACAGGUUGACCCAGCCUGAGGCCAAGACUGAAGCCACAGCUGUCACCAGUGUGGAUGCCUUCCUGUGCAGUGAGGAGGCUGCUGCAGCUAUGCGAGCCUCUCAACUGUUUGAGGAAGAAAACAAGAAAGCCACAGAAUCCCUGAAGGCAGCCUCCCUUCACUAUCACCAGCUACAGCAGAAAUACCAAAGGCUGAAGAGGGAGCUAGAAUCUGUUGGCCACAGCAGCAUCAGAGGAUCCAAGGAGACAGGCACAGAAGAGGCUGCUGAAUGGGAAAGUGGCAUUGUUACCAAGUCUGUCAUGGAGCUUCCCAGGACACAGAAGAAAGAUCAAGAAGUCAGGCCUGAUCCUGGCAAACAUCACGAGGUUCAUCUUCAUCCUAGAGGUUCCCAGAGGUCUUUGAAGGAUCUCGACCUCUCAGACUGCAACAUUUAUGGCGCCCAACGUGGGGCUUGUCUGAAGUCUCAAGCCUUCUCCGAGUCAAGAGUAGAUUUCUGUGAUCACAGCAAAUUGUCGGUAAAAGACAUGAGCACAAUGCUCAGUGCCCUCCACUUCCAGAUGACCACUCAAGCUGUAUUCCAGCCCCUGUCUGAGACCACAGCCCAUCACCCCCUGGAUCUGGCAGCAGCCAAGUUCCAGACAUGGCUACAUGAAGCUGGGUGA